GGACCGUGCUUGACUCUCAACCGUUAUGUCUCAGGCUCGGCAGCUCCUAAAUACCCCUUUGUCUCGUCGCUCUCGUCUUGCACAUUCACAUUAAAUCUAUCAACAGGUUAUGGCGAACGUUCUCCUACUUCGAGCUGCUUCGCAGGAUGCUCCGGACAAGUAUGAAGCAGCGUUCCGAGCACAGGGAUACCACCCUGUCUCAAUACCUGUCUUGGAGACUUGUCCUGUGAACACGUCUGAACUUCGACGAAUAAUCUCGCGGGGUCCUGUUAGUGAAAGAUUGAGUGGUGUUAUUCUCACGAGUGCGAGAGCUGUUGAGGUCUGGAAGGAUGUCAUCGAAGACCUUGUGAGGGACGGAGAAGAUCCCGGAGAUGCAGACUGGUCACGAACACCGUUCUACGUUGUCGGUGAAGCAACAGCAACAACCCUUCUUGAUGUCAGUGAUGCAUUUCCCGGCUCGCCAUAUGCUCCCCGAAACAUAUGCGGAGGUGCACAGUCAGGCACCAGCGAGAAACUGGCACAUCAUAUACUACAUCAUCACCCAUUGGAAGGCCCUAGGCCUACCUUCCUGUAUUUGACUGGUGACAAAAACCGUGAUACCUUGCCAAGUAUCCUCAAUGCUGGUGGAGUAGACCUGAAGCCUCUUCAAGUAUAUGAAACAAGAGGGUCUUCCACGUUUGCACACGAUUUGCGAACGACACUUGAAGGUCUCCCGCUAGCGUCAAACCAAUGGUGGAUAGUCCACUUCGCGCCUUCCUCCGCGAACUUUGUCACACCUAUGAUUCGCGAGCACUUUACGCUGCCCUCAAUCGACUCCGCGGAUCAAGGUGCCGGUAAUGUCAGGAUUGCAGCAAUCGGACCUACGACGUCGACAUUCUUGACUGAUACUUUGAAGUUACGGGUUGACGCUGUUGCCUCGAAACCUUCUCCGGAGGCACUACUUGACGCCAUUCAAAAGGCUUAGCAUUACCUACGCCUUGGAUACAGACAGAAAUAGAAUUGUGGUGCCCGUGAAGUCCUUGGAAGGCUCUUCUUGAGUCGUGGGCAUCGCGGGACCAUCUCAAUCAGAAUUGCACGUUCAAGGUCUUCAAGUUGAGUUCAGACUGGACAGGCCUGGCGCAAUCAGUGCCGACUGGUAGCCAGCGAGUCAGCCGCAUCAUCCACGGAAUGGACUGUUUGCGUAUAUCUCGUUGUCUUUAGGGUACUCAGCGGCUUUGGGUCUUGGCUUACAUCUAGGAUAUUGUAUUCACUAUUCCUUCUUGCGAUGAUGGACUCUGGACCUUUGGUUGCAUAUCUAGUUGUCCAUGCGGCAUCCAUUGGUUUCUACUUGAAUUUAGGUCAAUGUUCACUUCACCUGAGGUGGUUGUCUAGUUCCCAAGUAUGAAUAACCUCCUCCCCAGCUUGACGGAAUAAAUCCAGUGCUUCCCAAGCUUUACCCGAAGCAAUACUUCUCCUUCCCAACUCGACGCCCUCGGUGAAGUCUUCCGCGAUGCCAGCAACGACUAACAAAGCUGCGGUGUUCAACAGAACGAAAUCCAGGAUCGGCGCAAGCCUCUCGGGAAUGUUCUCGCCAGACCUUAGAAGCAACUUGAAAGUCUCCGCGUUUUCAGCCGGAGUUCCGCCAGAAACAGCAGAUAAUGGAUGUGUCUUGAGACCGAACUGUUCAGGGUGCAACGUCUUCUCCGUGAUUUCACCAUCCUUGAGUUCCCAGGCAUGAGUCUCCCCCGCACAACUGAUCUCGUCCAGCUUCUCAGCCCCACAAACAACCAACGCCCUCUCAACUCCGCCAUUCUUCAAACUCUGCGCAAAUGUUCUGCCAAGUUCUGGUUCUGCGACACCCACGACCAUACCUCUUGGCCGGGCAGGGUUAAUGAGUGGUCCUAGAACGUUGAACAUCGUUCGGAAAGGUAAGGCUUUCCGAUACGGAGCGAUGAAAGCCAUUGCAGGGUGGUAAUGCGGUGCGAGAAUGAACGUAAAUGGGACUCGGGCAAUGGGCAUGGGUGUUCCAGGGGUUGGGGGUGUGAAGAGGCAACCAAGGGAUUGGAGAAGAUCCGCUGAACCGGAAGACGAGGUAGAGGCUCGACUACCAUGCUAUUACCGAUCAUCAUGGAUCUAAGUGAAAAAAGCACACAAAGCUGGAAAACUUUGAUAACAUACCUUG